GUCCUCCGUGCCUGUCCUGCAGGUUCCCUCUCAAGGUCACAGAGGAGGUAUAAAUGGCGUGCGGUCCGUGCACCAGCAGUGCCUGCGCUCCCCUCUCAGCACCAUGGCCGCCCUCCGCUCCGUCCUCCUCCUGACCGCGGGCCUCUCUGCCGUGCUGUCGAGUCCUGCCCCUCGUGCCCUGUGGCAGUUCAGAGAGAUGCUGGUCUGCACCAUGCCGGACAGCUGGCCUAUUCUGGACUACACCGACUACGGCUGCUACUGCGGGAAGGGCGGCUCAGGCAGCCCUGUGGACGACCUGGACAGGUGCUGCUAUGUCCAUGAUAUGUGCUACAAUAAGGCCAUGCAGAUGGAUGAGUGCUGGCCCAUCUUUGAUAACCCAUACACUGAGCUGUACUCAUACAAGUGCGACAAGUCCACCAAGACUGUAACCUGCAAUGACAGGAACGACGGCUGUGAGAAGUUCAUCUGCGAGUGCGACAGGCAGGCGGCCAUCUGCUUCGCCGGAGCCGGCUACAACGAAGAGAACGAGCACCUUCCCAGCCGUUACUGCAAGUAACCGCCACUAAAGGGAGCUGCCAGGCCUGGCCUGCCCCGCCCUGCCCUUCCCCACCCCACUCAGCUAAGCCCUGCCCCGCCCUGCCCCACUCAGCCCUGCCCCACCUUGUCAUAGUACUCAUAUCUGCGUCCAAACCUGGAUUUAACACUUCAGGUUUCCUCCACCUCCACCUGACCAGGCCAGACACCUGCACUCUCUGGACUAAGUGAUGUAGUUAUUAAACUUACAUGAAUCAUAUGUAAAA